GGCUGGUAUCCUAGCAACCACAGACGCUACCACAGCGUCCUGCUGGGGAUUGACUUUUCUGAGGUUUUCUAAACUUUGCUGGCUGAUUUUUUUAAGCCAGGAAAAUGGACGUGUCGCUCCAGGCACGAACCAAACCACUUUCUACACUGUCAUCCUACAGUUACAUCCCACCACGACGAAAGGAACCAAAAGAAAUGUCUUACUUUAACAAAGACUCAAAGGUCCCAGAAGUCUUCAUGUAUGACCAAGUGUACCACCAGGCUGAGGGCUAUGAUAUGAAACUGCACCGGGAUGACAGAAAACACAAUAAAGGAAGAGGACUGGACAUAAAUGAGGAGGAGAGAUCCAGAGUUGUGCCGGUGCUCUCCUCUUCGGAAUACGGCCGCCGUCCUGUUCCUGUCCUCUAUGAAACAGGCCGACAGUACGCACGUGUGGCUUGCAUAAAAGCUGAAUUUUUCAUGAAAAAUGGGAUCAUCUGGAAUGUGGCAGAAGGAUACGGAUCAGUUGCCCCCAUGUGAAAGCCUGUCAAGAUCUGGAGCGUCUCAGCAUGAGAUCAGUGUCCCCACUGUUGAAUAAUAAACAAGUGUGUGUAGAUUUCACUUCACUUGAUGGGUCCCUAUAAAAAAAAAAUCACACAUUGAAACCAUCAUUUAAUCAGAUGACAUGUAAUCAUGAUAUAUCUCUCUGUUUUAUGUCUGGGUAAAUAGCAAGACAAACAGUUAUUUUUAGUGACACAGUGUCUGUCACUAGACCUUAAAGAAUAAAUGAGAAAAUAUGGCGACUGUGACAUUUUCCUGGAGGCUCAAGCUACAUUUUCUAGUUUGAGGCUGAAAUCACUCCAUCAGUAUGAACGUCAUUCAAUGGUUCAGUUGGUGUAGACAGUCUAUAAAUCAAACAAUGUCUUCAAGUUAUUGCAGUUGAACAUUGCAAAUGAUAUCAAAGAACUUAGUGUUCACAUUUCUGCCUUCAGCGUAACGGCUGAUGUAAGAAACUAAAUGCCCUGGAUGGCAGGAAUAAUGUGAAUCCUUAAACUGACAGGACUUAUUGAAGAAACCACCAACUAUUAGAAAGUAUAUAAAUACUGAACAUUAAUAAUGCAACAGCUUGGUCCAUCAGUCUCAGGUGAAUAUUUGACCUACCUGCUCCUUUGAAAUGUACUGUUUCAGCUGCUUUCUUAUAAAAGACUUAACUCUGAAGAACUAAGAUAAAUUUACAUAAAGAUUCAUAUUCAGAUUCAUAUGUUCCUUAUAUUUGAUCUCUCCUCUGUUUUCUCUCCCCUUGAUUUAUGUAAAUACAGUUCUUUUUGUGCAUCACCUCUUUGAUUUGCAAGUUCCUGGAUUCUUUUUGUGUAUAAAUUCUGAACCCACGCAACUGAGACCAACCUCCUACAUAAUAGGAUUUUUUGAGCACAGACAUCUCUCAUUUGCCUUUGUACUUUGGCAGAAAUAGACCUUUUAUUCUUAGAAAGGGAGCAGUAUUUCAGUCUGUUUGGUGAUAACAACGGCACUGUUUAUUUGAUGAGAUUAGGAGCUAACAGGGUGGUGUUUCAAAAGUACAAGGAGAAAAAAUGCUUAAUAAAAUUAAAAUAUUGUCAUGCAAGGUAGUGUUUGGUCACCAAGGCCUUCAUAACACCUCAAACAACAGGUUCAUCAUCCUACAGCACUCUGUGUACCAUAUGAAUAAUUCCUGUUCAUGUUAUAUAUAUUUUAUAAGACAAAUUAUGGACAUGCCCAGGGUGUAUUUAGUUGUUAAGUAUUCAUACAAAGAAAGUAUUAACACUGACAGGUAUUUGUAAGGCAUUAUUUGCUAUUUAAAGGAAUAGUUUCAACAUUGAUACCACAGUUAAAAAUGAAGCUUCGCUCAGCAGCUGAUUAACUUAGCACAAAGAUUGGAAACAGUUAGUUUGGGUCAGUGUCAGCACUGUAACAACCAGCACCUCGAAAUCUCACUGGUGACCACUUUGUGUGUUACUUAAUCUAAACUGUGUUGUUACCCUGGUUCCAGGCUUUCUGCUAAGCUAAGCUAACUGGCUCCCAAAAUGUUGCACUGUUGCUUCAAAGAGAAUUCUAGUAUACUAUUAAAGAUGCUGUAUACAUUGGUAAUAGAGCCACUGUAGAAAUAGAGACUGGUAUUACUAAUGCAUUCUGGCCUGUUUGAUGGUUGCAAUAAAUAUAAUU